AUGUUCACGAACGCAUUGCACCAUGCCAAGUUGUGGAGAACCGCCUUCGCAAAGACGAGGGGGAUUUUUCAAAAUGAGGCAUACACCGCAUUCAAGGGCAGGGAAAAAAAGAGGAACUCCACAAAUGUGUAUGACCACGUUCAGGCGAAACAGGAAAAAGGCAAAAAAGGAGUAUCAGCCAACUUAGGCACCGAGGAAAAUUCCCAGGAAGCCAAAUCGCAACAAAUGGAAGUACCACCCGUUAGGAGCAAACCAGAAGAGCAGUUUAACCAAACGAUUAACCCAUUCUACGUUGAUAAAAAUGUUUUUUUUCUUGUCGGGUGUUUAUCCUCCCUGUACAGUAUAUUUGUGUAUGACUUCUUCUCAAACAGAUGUGUGCAAAUAUUUUCCAAUUUUUUUUUUUUUAUGUUUCAUUUUACCAGGAAGACGGUGAACCUGUUGGCCUGCAUAGUGCACGCUCUGUUCAUUUUCCUUCAAGUGUGCGUUUUGGUGAUUAAACCCAGCGCCAAUUUGAACUUGCCGCUCGGUGGGUGA